AGUUUGCGUCAUGUGAUGCGCCCCGUGAUCCUCUGUGCAUCAGUUAACGCUGCAGGCAGAAUCAUGGCGCAAGGGAAACAGAAGUUCAAGGCGCAAAAGCCCGGGGGAGCCAAGAAACAGCAGCCACAGCACAAACAGAAGGGUCCAAAGAAAGGAGGGAGGAUAAUUGCCCCGAAAAAGGCGCAGGUGGUUCAGCAGCAAAAGCUGAAGAAGGGCCUGGAGGUGGCGAUCAGAAAAAAGAUCGAGGAAGAAGUGACCCAGAGGGCCAGCUCCUCCUUGCACAAGAAUCUGAGCAUCCUGAAAAAGAGCAAUGGACAGGGCGCCGGACCCCCGCGCCCUUCGGCCCCCGGCUCCUCCAAAUAAUGUUUCUGGACUGCGGUGCCUCUCUUGCGGCCUUUCUUUUAAUGAGCGAACGCUGGUUCUCCCGCUAGGGGGCAGCAAAGUAUGACGAUGAGGGGCAAAAUAAGCUUUGGAGUGACAGUGAUUUCUCAAUGCGUAAAUUCAGACUUUUCCAUUAGAACGUUUCUUUCUACAGGCAGUAUGAGCUCUAUAGAUGGUGCCACUUACCUGUUGUAUCACAGAGUGUCCCCAGAUUAAAAGUUACUGCGGUUUGUGCACCGUUUGUAAAAUUAUGCAUUUUUUAGCAAAGCUGCUCCUGCCCACCAGGGACUGGGAAGUAAACGGAUUAAAUCACACUGCAUAUUUGUGUCCUGCCUUACAGGAGCGGUACUGUGUAAAUAUGUGACUCCCCUCCCACCCAGUGAUGAUUUCAUCAUAUGAACCUUUUUCUUUCAGCCACCUGUAUGAGGUUGAUGUACUAUUAAUGCAUGGUGUGCUGGCACCAUCCUCAAAUAGAACACUCAGAAAUGUG